AUGGCCAUUAAACUACCCGAGAUGCGCCUGCCGACUUUCGACGGGACAAUAGAAGGAUGGUCAUCCUUUCACGACAUCUUCACGUCAAUGAUUGAUCGAAACGAAGAUUUAACACCGGUACAGAAGUUUCAAUAUUUACGUUCAACCUUGACCGGCAAGGCCGCGGCGUGCAUCCAGGCGUUAAGCACCACCAACGCGAACUAUCACGAUGCAAUCGAACUAUUACGCGAAAAAUUCGACUGCCCACGUCGCGUCAUAUUGGGCCAUUGCAACGCGUUGCGGGAUAUCCCAAAACUGAUGAAGGAUACACCAGAAGCCCUGGGCGAUUUAGUAGAUAACGUGAACCAGCAUCUACGCGCUUUGACGAAUCUAGGCGAAAAUGUAAUAUCAUGGAAUAGUCUUCUACUAUCCAUGAUCUUAUCUAAUGAUCUUAUCUAA